CCCACAGCCACACACUGAAAUGGCAGAGACACCAGGGCCCCUAACCUAGUCCACUAAGUGCAUUUGUUUAGAGGGCAGGGGUAGCCUUUAAAGGAUUUUGCCUCCAUCAACAGAAACCAGAAACAGGGGGUAACUUUUUUGGAAUUGUGCCGAGGGAGUCUCUCUGACCAUUUCUCCUCUGCAUCUGAACACCUCUCUCUUUCUCUCGUUCACUCUCUCACUCCCUCUUUACUCCAAAAGCGUAAAUAAAGAGGGAUUUACUUCAGAGAAAACAAGUGUGUAUCCCUCUGCCGGCUGCAGUUUUUGUCAGGAUGUACAGCUUUAUGGGUGGCGGUCUAUUCUGUGCCUUUGUGGCCAACAUCCUGUUAGUGGUGUCCACCGCAACAGACUACUGGAUGCAAUACCGGCUGUCAGGCAGUUACGCCCAUCAGGGCCUCUGGAGAUACUGCAUGGCCAACAAAUGCUACAUGCAGACUGCAAGCAUUGCAUACUGGAAUGCCACACGGGCAUUCAUGAUCCUGUCGAGCAUGGCAUGUUUCGGGGGCAUCAUGGCAGGCAUCUUGUCCUUUGCACAGUUUUCUGUGUUUGAGAGGUUCAACCGCUCCUUUGCUGCAGGCGUCAUGUUCUUCAUCUCCACAUUUUUUGUGAUGGUGGCUAUGGCCAUCUACACAGGAGUGACCCUGAGCUUCUUGGGCAAGCGCUUUGGGGACUGGCGUUUCUCUUGGUCCUACAUACUGGGCUGGGUGGCCAUGCUAAUGACCUUCUUUGCAGGGAUAUUCUAUAUGUGCGCCCACAGAAUGUAUGAAUCGAGAAGAGUGGUUGGGCCUCGCUAAGCAGAAGCACCAGUUUCUUCACUGCAAACAGAGGACUUUUGUACCAAGAAGCUCAGCUUUCCACUGCAACACUAAAUGAUUUCAGACACUAUCUUGAAUGACUUCAUGGACAUAAAAAUAUUUCAGUAACUGUUCAUACAUAAUAACAGUGUAAAUAACAGAACACAUCCUCUACAGAAAACACGAAUGAAUGUGCAGAAGUGUGUUCUCUGUAGAGGAUAUGACUUAUUUACAAUUCAUACAUUAUACAACUCAUGUAAUUUGACCAGUGGUUUUCAAACCGUUGCAUAAAACUGUAUGUAAACAUUAGAUACUGUAUGUAUUGCUUGGAUUAAUGCAGUUUUUAUCUGGUUCCUUUGGUUUACAAUGCUAUUUUAAUUAAAUCAGUUUUCCUCUGAUCUUAUGCAAUUGGGUGAACUGAACUGAUUUUUUAAAUAAAGAAACUUUUUUGUUUUUAGA